AUGCGCAGCAGGAAAUUAUAUGGACUGAAGCGACUGAAAAUCCGUCAAUCUUGGAGCAAGUACAAUUUAUACAACCUUGCACGUGCCGAACCUCAAAAGACUCAAACUCGCACCUUCUUCCAGCAGAAAUGGACAGCAAAAGCUAUGUCAAGAGCCUAUCACGGCGAAAAUAUUCAAGAGAAAAGGUGGUACCACAUGUUCCGGAGCAACAUACGAUCCGUAGUGCCUAUGGACUACAAGUAUCUAGCCCAACAUGAUGGCUCAGAACAAGCAGCUGGGAGAGGAUCCGGAGCAGAUUCUCGAGAACGAGGAGAAGUAACGUACAGGACACCCCACUUGAUGAUGACCUAUGCCCCACUGGAACGACGGCUGGAUACUGCCAUUUUUAGAGCCCUGUUUGCGAGCAGCGCGCGACAAGCCAGGCAAUUCGUUAUCCAUGGUUAUGUCAAGGUCAACGGCCAGAAGAUGAUAUAUCCUGGCUAUCAAUUGAACCCUGGCGACAUGUUUCAAGUGGAGCCGGAACGAGUCAUGUGGGCGACAGGUGCAUCUAAGGAAAGGCAAGAGAGGAGGAUAGGCAGGCUUAUCAAAGCGAAGACUCUCAAAAAGAAAUCUGAAGAGAAAGAGGAGCAGGAACCCCCCGUGAAAGUCCCUUCUGAGGAACCCCCUCAAGAAAGUCCAGAUCAGACCAAGCAACAAAAAGUGGCUUUGAAAGACCUCAUGCAGCAGGCCAAAGAGUUCCUCUCUUCAUUCUCCUCCUCAAUUAGCGCAAAACGAAAGCAUGACCUUCGCGAAUUCCAACGAACGGUCCGGAAAGCACUCGCCCGCCCCAAUGACUCUGCGAUCGGCGAACUCGGUGGCCAACUCCAAGGAAUAAUCGACAGAAUCUCCAUCUCGAAAGACACUUCUAAACCGCAAGACGCCACAAAUCGCCCUUCCGACAUCCCACAACUAGAGACGCCCUCCCUCCAAAGUGAAGUUGCCACCCUCACCCCCUUCGAGCUACAAACCCUUCGGGACGCUCUCGAAAGCGCGAAGGAGAACCCGAGCGAUCCCACAAAGCCUUACGCGACGCCCUGGCGGCCGCGAGAGUGGAUGAGCGCGUUUGCAUUCAUUCCGAGAUACCUGGAGGUGCAUCCAAGAAUUUGCGCCGCAGUGUAUAUUCGACAUCCGGUUGCAAGGCCGGGGUUGGCAGAGGUGCCCACGCCUUUUACGGGUGAAACCUUGUCAUUGGCUCAUAAUUGGUAUCUGAGGCAUCGAUGA